GAAUGCUAUCAAAACCCUCUUUCAGUACGGAGGCCACACACAGUUCCUGGUCUGUUCUGUUACCCAGAUUUUCAUAAAGAACACAAAACAAAGUCUGUCACCAUGUCUGAAAAAAAGAUGACCUCAAGCCGCCGGCAUAAUCUCAAGAGUUUGGUGCUGGCAAUAGCAAAGGACCUUCUGAUAGCUGAGGAAAAGCAGGCAGUAGAGGAUAGAAUUCAAUAUAUGGAAGAGAAAUGCCCUGAAGUCUCUCUGCCAGGCUCUGUGCAAGAACUACAGGAUCUGUGCAAACAGCUCCAUCAGAAGAUCGAUACGGUGGAUGAGGAGAGAUAUGACAUGGCUGCCAAAGUAGCUAAGAGUGACAAAGAGAUUGAUGAUCUGAAGAUAAAGGUUCAGGACCUGAAAGGUAAAUUCAAGAAACCUGCUCUGAAGAAAGUGCGCAUGUCUGCUGAUGCCAUGCUGCAGGCACUGCUGGGCUCCAAACACAAGGUGUCCAUGGACCUGAGAGCCAACCUCAAACAAGUCAAGAAGGAGGUCAAGGAGGAGGAUAAGGAGGCUGUGGGUGACUGGCGUAAGAACAUUGAGGAUAAGGCUGGCAUGGGCGGCAGGAAGAAGAUGUUUGAAUCCGAGGCUUAAACCGGCAGCCGUUUCAGUUUUGGAGCUGUUGUUUUCUGAUGGACUUUCUGUUGUUGCUGCUGCACGCUUUGCUGUCAAAAGGUGCUUUUGCAUCCAAACUAAACAUUCACCAAACCAGAAGUAACUAGACUCAUCGUUAACAUUCAGUCAUGUACAACAUGAAGGACUCCUGGACUCACCUUUGCAAAUAAACA